AUGACUGUGUCAACUUCCACACAUUUAACGAUUCUUAAUAAAGUUGUUGAGUCUAAUAAAUGUCCCUUAAAAAUUUCUUUGGUUGAGAUUCCUCAGGAGAUUCCGACUGAAGUUGAGGAUGAUACUGUUAUCAACAUAUUAGUGACUGACUAUUCUGGGCAAGAAUAUAAUUUUAUUAUGAAAAGUAAUGUACCUCAUGAUAUUUUGGCUUCAAGGAAUUCUGCUCGUACUAAACUUUUGAUUACUCAUCAAAAUAUUGAAAAUUUAGAAAAGAAAUCUAAAAAUUUAGUGAGUCCUGAAUAUCUAAAUAGCAAAUUCCGUACUGAAGAAAGUAAUAAAUUAGUUGGCUGUAAUACAGAAGAAGGAUGUUCUAUAAAAGUUGAUAAAGAUGGAAAAAAAGGUUUUGCAUGUUGCGAAUAA